GCCCCUUGUUCAGUUGUUUUCUCGACAGCGGUCUCAAUUUGAACCUGUACCACCAUGUCUUCGCCUGUACCAGACGAUGCCAAUGAGGUGGCAUUCCCCGAUGAGGAUGUUCCCAUGAACGGUUUCGAGCACGGCGACGAUGACGAAGGUGAAGGUGAUGUAAUAAUGCCUGGAGCCUCAGAUGAUAGCUCCGAAGAAGAUGAAGACGACCCCGAGGAGGAGAAGAAGAUAAAGCAGGGAUUCAUUGUUGACUCUGAUGACGAAGAAGAGGACAGGCGGCGAAGAAAGAAACGUCGAAAGAGGCAUCACAGGCAUCGAGAGGAAGAAGAAAUGCUAGAAGAUGAUGACCUGGAUUUACUCGAAGAAAAUACAGGCACCUCAUUCAAGAGAAAUCGUCUCAAGCGUCUCGUUAGACAUGGAUCAGACUCACCUCCAGCCGCGUCGUCUUCACGCCGUGCAGUGGUCGAGUCUUCCGACGAUGACUUAGAUGACGAUGACGAACUGCCUCGGAUUCAAGAUAUUCACAAAAUAUGGGAUGACGAUCGACGAGGAGAGGAAGACGACGAGGAUGCAGACGGGGAUAUGGAUGACUUCAUCGAAUAUGAAGAUGAAGACGAAGGUGGUGCCAUGGAUGAGCAGGCUCGUGAAGAGCGGAGAAAGGAAAGAAAGAGGCAGGAAUUGGAGCGCCGCAAAAAAGCCCGUGAAAUACGGCCAGAGUUAGCUGGAAUCGAUGCGAAUGCAUGGGAGGAGAUUCAUGAUGUGUUUGGCGAUGGUCAUGAUUAUGACUGGGCUUUAGCAGCCGAUGACGAGUAUGAAUAUGACGAAGAGCAAACCAAACCUGAUAUUAGGUACCAAGAUGUCUUUGAGCCAACUGACAUCCGAGCUCGAAUGUUGACCGAAGAUGAUGAUCUGAUACGCGCUCGGGACAUACCCGAGCGAAUGCAACUGGCGACAUCAUCCAUUUCUCCGAACUCAUCUCUAUCUCUGCAUACAUCUCUGACUCCCGACGACAUGAAUGGCGCUGCCUUAUGGGUUAGUCAACGGCUGUCUCACCGAAAGACCCUAGAGUUCUUCAGUCCUCUUGGAAAACAUCAAGACUUGAAAGGAGCACUGGUGUUAGCCGUCACUUUCGCGCUCAGGCAGCUCUUCAUUGAGGAGUACGAAGUUCCCUAUAUUUGGACCCAUAAACGCGAUCACAUAUCUUAUUUCGAUGUCAACGACGUUCGAGCACGUUUCGAGCUUCUCAGCUUGUCAGAACUGUGGAAGAUUUACUCCCUUGGCCAGAAAUAUCGAUCCCUUGUCGAACGUCGAAACACGCUGACGGCUGCUUACGAGCGGCUCCACGUGAGCGACAAGUACUUUGAGGAAGAAGUCUUGCCACAGAUAGAUGGUAUCGAAGUAGUAGCUGAUGCUACCGAGUGGCUGAAUAUGAAGUACAAGAACAAGAAGCCCGACGAAACAUUUCAUUUCCAUGAUGACGAAGAGACCGACACUAAGAAACAUAAAAUGCCUAGUCGCGUAUCGAUUUACGAAGUCACCAAGAAGAGCAUUGUUUCUCGCCUGGCCCAAGGAUUUGGCAUUCAACCGCACGAGGUGGUCCUGAAUUUUGUGGCAAUGAAUCACGUGCAUUUCAUUGAAGACCAGGACCUUAAUCCUUUGGUAUAUGCUGAAAGAUUUGCUGAUCCGGACCCUGCAAGAGCCCUUCCAGCCGAAGAAUUACUUCGGCAGGCACGCAUGAUCAUCGCCACUGAGUUGGGCAAAGAUCCUCUGCUACGGAAUCAUGUCCGCCAGGCUUUCAAAGAGGAUGGCCAGGUUUCGGUGCUUCCUAACGAGCGAGGCAAGACGAAGAUAGAUGAACACCACCCAUACUUUAACUUCAAAUAUUUACUCAACAAAUCUGGCCGUGAAAUGACGAUGUCUUCGCAGUUUCUCCACAUGAUUGCUGCCGAAAAUGCUCACUUAGUGACUAUCUCCAUCUUCCUUCCCGUGAAUGCGUAUUCGGCUUUUGAGCGAAGACUAAAUGAUGCAUUUGCGUCUGAUAGUUUCAGUGAAUCGGCAAAGGCUUGGAACGAGGAACGUGCCCGAAUUGUUCAAGAAGUGCUCGCCCAGCAUCUGAUACCAGCCGGCAUCAAAUGGAUGCGGGAGUACUUGCGGGAUGAGGUCGAAGAUUUCCUGGCGGCUGGCUGUGCUGCAGGACUCAGGAAGCGUCUUGACGUUGCACCAUACUUCACGCCCAAGAUGAGCCUCGGUGACACUGCAUCCAUCUUGGCCCUUUCCUGGGGUAAAGGUGAUCCUCAGAGGGAUCCUAUCUCCGUCGUCUUCAUGGAUGAAGCUGGUCGCAUGCGUGAGAGUACAAAGAUUGACAAUCUGUUCGACCAAGAGCAGAAGGAUGAAUUCUUCGACCUUAUAAAACGUCGUAAACCGGACGUUAUUGUCAUCGGCGGGUUUACUAUGGCCACUGCAAAGUUAUCGUAUCGUGUCAAGGAAAUUCUCAAGCAUGGACCUGGACCAGUUGAAGGAGCAGAGCAAGACCCGGAUUUUGAUAUUCCUGUCAUCUACAUUCGCGACGAGACUGCUCGAAUAUAUCAGCAUAGCCCUCGUGCUGCGGAAGAGUUCAAUGCCCUAUCACAAACUGCCAGGUAUUGUGUAGGUAUGGCCCGAUAUGCUCAGAACCCUUUGAACGAGUACGCUGCUUUGGGUUCUGAUAUAGCUGCCGUGACUUUUGACGAGGAUGAUCAGCAUCUGGUUCCCCGAGAGAAACUUCUAAUGGCGCUGGAGCGGACUUUGGUUGAUGUAACUAACAAAGUCGGCGUAGAUAUCAAUCGAGCAGCGGCUGAUAGUUACUACGGACUAUUGUUACCCUUCGUCUGCGGUCUCGGCCCUCGGAAGGCACAGGUCCUUAUCCAGAAAAUUGCUUCGCAGGGUGGUAAUCUGGUCAAUCGUAAUCAGUUCAUCAAAGGAGGACUUUUAACAACCAAGAUCUUCUUGAAUGCUGCGGGCUUCCUCCGUAUACAUCAAGAGCAAGAAUCGAAGUCCAUGAGAAACCGUCACGACGAUGACAAUGCCCCAGAUCCAUUGGACGAUACUCGCAUACAUCCGGAGGACUACGAAUUGGCUCGAAAGAUGGCCACAGACGCCUUGGAACUGGACGAAGAAGACAUACAUGAUGAACACCCAUCACAUGUUGUGACAAUGAUCAUGCGCGAUCCAGACAACGAGAAAAAACUUUCGGAGCUUAACCUUGACGAGUUUGCUGUCAGUCUUUUCAAUGCCAACCAGGAGCUAAAACGACAUACACUCAACGUCAUUCGUGAAGAGCUCUUAAAGCCCUUCGCGGAGCAGCGUAACCGCUGGCCUGUUCUCGAGCCGUGGGACGUGCUCACAAUGCUGAGUGGAGAAACUCAUCGGACGCUGCGUGUAGGUCUGAUCGUCUCUGUUCUCGUGCAACGUGUCAAGACCAACCUCGCUCAUGUUCGCUUGGAUUCUGGUAUUGAGGGUAUCGUCCAGCCCGAAUUUAUGAUGGACAAUGGAGGUCACCUUCUUCCAAAUAUGGCCGUACCAGGUGUUGUGAUAGAAGUGAAGCUCAGUCUAGAGACCGAUCAGUUCAUGGUAGAGCUGUCGACUCGACAGUCUGAUGUUGGUGGAGGUGACAGCGCGUUUCGUCGUGUACGACCUGAUGAACAUUGGGAUCACCAACGGCACGAAAAAGACCAAGAAGUACUCGCUCGGAAGAAACGGGCGGAAGGUGCUAAAAAUCGGCGGGUUAUCAAACAUCCCAACUUCCACAAUUUCAAUACCGCACAAGCAGAGAAUUAUCUCGACAAGCAACAACGUGGCGAUGUGGUCAUUCGUCCUUCAUCCAAAGGCGCCAACCAUCUUGCUGUUACAUGGAAGGUCGAUGAUAAACUUUAUCAGCAUAUCGACGUCACGGAGCCCAAUGCAGAUCCCACCGGCCAAACAAUCGGUAGUCAGCUCAUUGUAGACGCAUCUCACCGAUACGCUGAUUUGGAUGAACUAAUUGUCAACCAUGUGCAAGCGAUGGCUCGUCGCGUUGAGGAGUUGAUGGCCCAUGAUCGCUUUAAGCAAGGUUCAGAAGAUGAGCUUCAUCUCUUUUUGAAGCAGCAGCUGGCGGCUAAUCCCGCAAAAAGUAUGUACGGGUUUACACUCAAUCGGAAAAGGCCUGGACACUUCAGUCUCUGUUUUCUCGCCAACAAACAAUCGGCUGUGCAAACAUGGCCGGUACGCGUAACCCCGGAAGCAUACUAUUUGUUCGAGGCCGCAGCUGUUGGAGUGCCCGAACUCUGUGAUGCUUUCAAAGUACGGCAUCUCCAUGAAUCUCAAAAUCUGGCGAACACUGGAGGUCGGACACCGUUUGGUGCAGGCAUCCGAACUCCUGCCCGCACGGGACAAGCUACUCCGGGACAUGCAUCCAUUCGACAGCCUGCAAGGACGCCGAAUCCAUACGGAGGCGCUACUCCUGGUCCUCGAUACGGCACCAAUGGACCUCCUCCGCAGAUGCCCUAUGGGUACCAAACACCCUCUCAUCGUCCGGGUGGUUUCCCGCCUCCUCAACCUGCCGCUCUUCCCACUGGUAUGAAUCCUCAACGAGCCCAGAUGAUACAGGAGGGUGGUUGGAGCAGUCACCGUUGAUCCACGGCUUUUGUUUAUCCUCGACUCCCGUUAUUUAACCUAUAUUCC